AUGCAAAAGCGAAGAGGAAAACCCGGAAAGGGCCAAGGCCAUCGUCCCGUCCGGGAGUGUGCGGCGGCUGCGGCUGGUAACACAGACCUGCUCAGCGUAUAUGUCAGCAGGCCGAAGCCGAUCCAGCCCAGCCCAGCCCACUAUGCGUCGCCUCUCUCCUAUCCACUAGAAGAAGCUCGCCGCCCCGCCGUCGCCGUGGCUGCCGCCGGCGGGUCGAACCGCCCGCCCCAAAAGCAUUGCGAGACGCUCCUUCCACGAUCACUUACUGUGAAGAAAGUGUCGAAAUUGCCGACAAAGGAUCUUGAGGAAUUCAGUAAAGGAGCACUCAGCGGUGACCUCUCAGAAUCUUCUAUGGAUAAUUGGCUUCAGGUCGUCCCAUAGACCAUAGUCCUCAUCUCCUAGUGUAUUACUUGAAAAUGUUGUGCAGGUGUGGUAAAUGUAGACUACACAGCUUGGCCACAUGUAUAUAUCCUUUAGCGUUUAGUAAAGCUACACAGCUUGGCCACAUGUAUAUAUGGUGUUGAUGAAAUGGAUGCCAGCCAUGGUAUUUGCCGUAUACCGGGGAAGACUGUCUUCGGGUGGGCAGUCUAAAUCAAUGUGGAACCAGUCCUGGUGGAACUAGUCUUCGUGUGAAAUUUUAGGCAGUGAAACUGUGUAAGUCAUGGUGGAACCCUAAGCACAUUGUGUCUUAAGUGACACGUGUACCCCAAUAUGUUAACGCCUUGCAGAUUCUGUUAUCUGCUGCUGAC